UUGAUAAUCUAUCAGCUCACCAUGAUGUUGCUUCUUCACGUGCUGAUGUUGUCGCUUCUCUCCGGUGGUUCAGCCGAAGUUGUGCUUCAUUUUAAAGAUGUGUGUGAUCAGUUUUUUGCAAAUGGAAAACCACCAACGGGAUUUUCUGGAGUACAAUACAGGAAGAUCUGCCAAAAGCAAGAUAAUGUUUAUUAUUUUGCCACAUUUUAUGACACCAGCAACAGGAUCCCCGUGUACUCAGCCUAUGUUUUCCAAGGGAUAAUGGGCUGCAAAAGACUAAAGAAUGAAAAAUUUUGGUUUAUUGAACCUCAACUUGAUGAUAAUAAUACAUCACCAAACAUGCAGUUGAAUAAAGAUGUGUCAAUACAAGGACUUGGAAACCAUCAAGCUCUCAAUAAAGACUAUGUGAACUCGAAGUACGACAGAGGUCAUCUGGCACCAGUCUACCAGGCAAACUCACAGAGCUGUGCUUAUGCCACCUUCACUCUCACUAAUGGUGCUCCACAAAACCCCUCUUUUAACCGAGUUCAGUGGAACACACUAGAAGGUAGAAUAGCACGUAAACUGUCCAAUGAAUGUAAACUACCAAAUAAAGCUUACAUUGUGACAGGGGUGGUACCAGGAACUGAAAACUUAAAUAACAGAGUGAACGUGCCUAGUCAUUUCUGGACUGCAUACUGCUGCUUAGACAACAUGAACAUCUCGUUGUUCUCAGGUGGGUUUAUUGGAAAGAAUGAGAAAAAUCCUCCCGAAGAAAAAACUAUGAAUGAUUUGAAGUCAGAGUUGGCAAACCUUUAUCAUGUCAGUUCGUUUGAGUUGUUUAGCCCUGCAGAACACCAAGCAAAGAAGCAAAGAAUAUCACAAAACUAUUGUUUUCAAAAACAAUGUGUUAUCAAUUAAAGAACUUCAUAUCCAUUUGUUAAAUUCCUCUAAUUAAUAACUGUUUAAAUGUAAUUAAUAAUUAAAGCAAUUAUGUAUAAACGACAUGUAUCAUACAUUAUACUACA